AUGUGCCGAGAGCCGUAUCUCCUGCUCUCUAUGCAUCGCUUGCUGCUCGCAGCCUACUGGCCCGACUCUGACCGCCUUCACUGCAGCGAGCGCGAGUGGCCGCUGACGGAGCACUCCGGCGCGGUGCCCUUCAUGGUGGAGUCAGCUAACGGCCGCGUGUUGCCUUGGUGUCCGUGGCGCGACAACUCAGUGGCGGAACUGUUGGCAGUGGUGCGCGGCAUGAUGGAGCUGGCAGGCAUGAAGCUGGGCAUCGUCGUCGGCGAUAGGCUCGUGCCAGAUUGA